GUAUAAUUAUAAUGAAUUUUACCUAUAAUUGUACGUCCGUGACAGCGUAUGCGUUACUAUUAGCUGUUAACUGUUAUUGUUAUCUCAUUUGUAAUUUCAUAGGAAAAUUUAGUUUUGAUUUAAAUCACAACAAUACUGAAUCGAUAACAUCGCAUGCGACACGAGAAUGGUAGUGGGAAGUCGGAUGAUCAUCAGAAUGUAGGUCAUGAAAUAGUAUUGAUUACCUCCUGUCACACCUAUUCUGUAAAUUUCUGUAGAUUGUCGGUGGUGCUAAGCACGCGAUAAACGCAAAGAACUCCAGUUAUUAGCUGGCAGAUGUUGACUUCAGGAACAAAUUCACAUAUACCUAUUAUAAAGAUAGAGGAGUGGAUGAACAAAGGCAAUAUAGAAAUGAAAAGCAUGACUAAGAAAUGCAUGAUAUGUAAAACAGAAGCGACUCCAAUUUCCAACGCUAGACGUAGCUUUCACAUGUUUCCUAAAAAUGAAUUAUUAAGAAAGAAAUGGAUGGAUGCAAUGAAUUUAUUGGCAACCCCAAACUUCAAAACUGCAUAUAUAUGCAGCGACCACUUUGAUGACAAAUCGUUCCAUGAUACUGAUGAAUUAAGAAGUAGAAAACGACUACGUCCAGAUGCGGUUCCUCAAAGGAUAAGUUUAAAAGAAUCCGAUGAUCCAUCAGAAGAAAAAGAUUUAGGGUCAGAAGAGCUGUUUGAAAGACCCGUUGAUAAAGACCAUUUUAAAUCUGAGAUGGUGACUGAUCUUUCUGAUACAUGUAUUAAAGCCAUAAAUGAACAAGAUUGUUUAACUGGAGAAAAAAGUAACAGUAGUAUGAAUAAUGUUCCAAACAGUGGUAACAGAAGGAAAAAUUCAUUCAUCAAAGAAAUACCACGUAAAAGAAUUCGUUUUAUGAAUGGCUUUCAAACAGAACACAUAACUCGAGAAGACUUUGUUUCUGAUGAAGCUUGGAAUCGCUUCCUCAGGUUAAUAACCUAUGAAAGAAAUAGAAUGGCAGCUGCUCAUAAUAGGAAUUCACGUAAAGAGAAGAAAAUAAAAAAUUUUAAACUCUUAUUGAGAGAUUUGGAAAACCGUGAUGACAUUGAUGCUGCUCAAUACGUGAAGGUCGUUUUAAAAUAACUAUUUUAUAUUUCUGUUUUAUUAUUUUAUUUAAUUAUUACGUAGUUCUCCCGUUUUGGGUUUGGACGGACUUCAGAUUUUACGAUAUUGCAUACUUUAAGUCUUUAAUUCCCUCUUGUAUUUUUAUGUGAUUUUAUAUUGUCAUAUAUUUAUUAACUUU